UCAACAGGAAGGUCUUGACUGUAUCCGGGUCAGCUGCUUACAUUACUUACUAACAUGGCGGCUCGUGUCAUACUUAAGACCUCUGCAGUUCGCAGGACGCUGCUGGCCCUCAACCUACCCAGCCGGACACCGGGACCUCCUGCCGCCGCUGUCGGGCUCAGAUGUCUUCAUCACGCUGCUCCAGGAGAAAAAAAGACGGUUGUAUUAGAGUCAGCGGAGGAAUACAAGUUCGUAGAGCGGCUCAUUCCCCCGACGCGGGUCCCCUCUCCGCCUAAACACGCCGGUCCAACCCCGUCUGGCUGGACCCCUCCGUCAGACUCACCGCCGACUCUGUCGUACAUGAUCCGACGUUCCCGCAUGCACAACAUCCCGGUUUACACGGAGAUGACCAACGGCAACCGCAGGACAACGCUCGUACGGAAAGUGGAGGGGGAUAUUUGGGCACUGGAGAAGGACGUUAAGCAGUACCUGAUGGAGGUGACGGGGAAAGAGUUACCCACGCGGGUCAAUGAGGUCACCAUGACCCUGAGGGUCAAAGGUCAUUUCGAAGACGAGCUGAAGGAAUGGUUGGUCCGCAAAGGUUUCUGACUGAAGUGAUGAGGGGGAACCGAGCUUCCAGGACUGUCACAGCAUCUCGCUCAGAGGACUGAUGGACAGGGAGAGGACUACAUCUCAGCCCUUACUUGGACCUGUUGACAUGUCCAAACCUUGAAAGACUGUUCUGUGAGGUUACUUCAAAACCUCGUCAGUCCAUAUAGAGGGGCAGAUUAUGAUGUGGUGUUUAUACCAGAGAACUCUUGAAGUAUUGGGAUUAUAGGUUGUCAAACGAUGUACAUUACUGUGUUCUGAAUGCAACAUUAAAAAAGAAUAAUUCACUGCC